AUGGUUCUUACUUCAAAGAGAACUACUAAAAAAGCUACUGUCACUAAAAACCAACGCGAUGAAUCAUCACUUUCACUAGUCCAUGUUGAAAAAGCUCUAAGGCGCCUCAACAUUACCAAAGAAGAAGGAAUACAGCUUCCAACCAUUGUUGUUGUCGGCGAUCAGUCAUCUGGAAAAUCUAGUAUUCUUGAAUCUCUAUCUGGUAUCAGCUUACCACGAGGCCAAGGAAUUUGCACAAGAGUACCACUGGUAAUGAGGCUACAGAAUCAUCCACUUCCACUUCCUCAUCCAGAACUCUUGCUAGAGUUCAAUGGAAAAACAGUUUUUACAGAUGAGACACAUGUUUCAGAUGCAAUAAACAUAGCUAUUGAAGAGAUUGCUGGUUCUGCCAAAGGGAUUUCCAACACACCUUUGACAUUGGUUGUGAAGAAAAAUGGUGUGCCUGAUCUUACUAUAGUUGAUCUUCCAGGUAUAACUCGUGUUCCUGUUAAGGGACAACCUGAUAAUAUUUAUGAUCAGAUUAAGGAUAUAAUUCUGGAGUAUAUAACUCCAGAAGAAAGCAUUAUCUUGAAUGUUCUUCCUGCUACUGUCGAUUUUACUACUUGUGAGUCUAUUAGGAUGUCUCAAAAUGUUGAUAAAACUGGUUCGAGGACACUUGCUGUUGUCACAAAGGCUGAUAAAUCACCUGAAGGAUUGUUGGAGAAGGUUACUGCUGAUGAUAUUAACAUCAGUCUAGGUUAUGUCUGUAUACGAAACCGAAUUGGAGAUGAGUCUUUUGAAGAAGCAAGAUUGGAAGAACAGAAGCUAUUUGAGUCUCAUUCACUUCUUUCUAAGAUCGACAAAUCCAUUGUUGGUAUUCCUGUCUUGAUUCAGAAGCUUGUAGAAGUUCAAGCUAAGAUGAAUUCUGUCAUGAAUGAAGAUGAUGUGGACUUUGCAGUUGAUGAAGGCAUAGAGGAAGUGGAUGAGCUAGCUGAAGAAGAGGAUGUGCCCAUUGCAAAUAUAAGGCCCAAAAGAAACACUAAGCUGCCUAACCACCUUAAGGACUUUGUUACUCCAUCCUUGAAGAAGGGAAGCAAGAAAUGA